GGUUUUAUAAGUUUUCUGAACAAGUCCGAAUGACCUUCCGGCAUCAAGAUGGCGACAUUCAGAUGUGUGCAAGCGGUGCGCCAGUUUAGUUCUUCAGCUGUGAGAGCUGGCAAACUUGUACAGCCGCCCAUCCAAGUCUUUGGCUCUGAGGGCAGAUAUGCCACAGCCCUGUACUCUGCUGCUUCAAAGCAGUCCAAAUUGGAGGUCGUUGAGAAAGAACUCUCAGCCUUACAGAAUGAGCUGCAGAAAGACAAAAGAUUAGUGGAGUAUCUCACUGAUCCUUCUCAAAGUAGACUUGAGAAGAAAGCUGCGGUUGAGAAUCUGAUGAAGCAGAAAAAAUUUUCAGAAUUGACAGCAAACUUGUUUGGUGCCCUGGUAGAGAAUGGGAGAAUCAACAAAACAGAGAAUGUGUUGUCUGCUUUCAGCAAGAUCAUGAGUGCUCACAGGGGCGAAGUGCUAGCCAAUGUCGUCACUGCCAAGACACUUGAUGAUGCCAACAUGAAAGAAUUGAAGGCUGCCCUCCAAGGCUUCCUGAAGAAAGGGGAGACGCUUCAACUGACCACUGAGGUUGAUCCAUCUCUGAUUGGAGGCAUGAAAAUCACCAUCGGUGAUCGUUUCGUCGAUAUGUCCAUGGCGACCAAGAUUAAGACCUACACCAACCUAAUCAAGCAGUCUGUGUAAAAUGGCAGUAGUUGUUAAGGUGGUCAUUAAGACAGAUCAGAUACUUUUUUGUGUUUUGAUGGAGUUUUCUAAAAUUCUUAUGUUUAAUAAGUGAAAACAUUUCUGUGAUGAUGAGAGCAAAGAGAUAAGUCUCUUCGUUGCUUUUCAAAUCAGCUAUGAGUGAUGUGUGUUUAUGAAUGAAGCAGUUUGCCAGGUAGCUGACUGAAGAUUGGAAAUGUCGAGAAGAGAUGUCAUAGUUUGUCUUGCUUUGUGACUGAUAGAUACAUGUCCUCCUUGUCAACUAUGAUGCCCUUUGAGAACUAGGUCAUUGAGUUACAAUAAAAUUUUGUGUAUAAAGAAUUU